UGAGUGAAGUCGCCGAUUCGGACUCCCGCAGUAUACUUGCCCUUACCUUUAUGCCACGUGCUGGCGGCUAUUUUUGGUGGGCUUAGCAGUUACAUGGCUGACGCGUCGUCGAAGCUGUGCGCCUUAUAAGAUCGACACACCUCCAGCUCCCUUUCCCCUCCUGCCACCACCACCGUUGCGUAUUCGACUAUCCCUCCACCCUUCACAGUUUUCACUCACUCGCCACCAUCAUGCCUGCCAAGAAGCGUUGUCAAUUCCAGUCUGAGACUCCUUGCAAUUCUGCAGCUCUUCGCAUAGUAGGCCAGUGCCCACAUUGCAGGGCAGACUUCUGUGGAGCUCAUCGCCUGCCUGAACAUCACAAUUGCAAUAACCUGGAGGAUUGCCGGCAGCAAGCGUUCGAGCGUAACAAGGCGAAGCUAGAGAGCGAACGGACUGUAGCAUCGAAGAUGGCUACUGCAUGAUGCAUGUCCCACGUCCCACUAUUUUAUUUUACUUUGGAUCUUCUAUCUAUUGCGUUCCAUCCAAUCAUCCCUUCCCACACUAGUGAUACCUCCAGUC